CACCACAUCUCUCCUCCUACCUUCCGUCAUGCUUCAGGUCCAGAAAGCUUCCUCUAGGGCUGCGGCUCGGCGGUUGCGUCAGUCAGCUAGCACCCAGGUCGGUCGCUGGCAGCAGCAGCGCGGGCUUGCCACCCCUUCGGAGCCUUACGAUGCCAUCAUCAUUGGUGGAGGCCCCGGUGGCUACGUCGCUGCAAUCAAGGCGGCGCAACAUGGUCUGCGGACCGCAUGCAUAGAGAAGCGCGGCUCUCUCGGCGGAACUUGUCUCAACGUCGGGUGUAUUCCUUCAAAAGCGAUGCUUAACAACUCGCACAUCUACCACCAAACGAAGCAUGACAUCCAGCGACGAGGAAUCGACGUCUCCAAUGUCUCCCUUAACCUCCCCGUCAUGCUCAAGGCGAAGGAGGAUGCCGUCACCGGCCUAACAAAGGGUAUCGAGACGCUCUUCAAGCAGAACAAAGUGGACUACAUCAAGGGCGCUGCGUCUUUCGUUUCCCCGACCAAGGUCUCCGUCAAGCUCAACGAUGGUGGGGAGACUGAGGUCGAGGCGAAGAACAUCAUCAUCGCGACCGGUUCUGAGGUCGCGCCCUUCCCUGGCGGCUCAAUAACCAUCGACGAGGAGCAGAUCGUUUCAUCCACGGGUGCGCUCGCCUUGAAGGAGGUCCCCGAGAAGUUGGUCGUCAUUGGUGGCGGUAUCAUCGGCCUCGAGAUGGGUAGCGUGUGGAGCCGUCUCGGCGCGCAGGUCACCGUGGUCGAGUUCUUGGGCGGCAUUGGCGGUGCGGGUAUUGACGAGGAAAUUGCCAAGCAAUUCCAGCGCUCGCUGACCAAGCAGGGCCUCAAGUUCUUGCUGAACACCAAGGUCAUCUCCGCCGAGAAGAAGGACGGGAAGGUGUACAUCAAGACUGAGAGCGCGAAGGGCGGCAAGGAGGAGACGCUCGACGCCGACGUCGUCCUCGUUGCCGUCGGCCGCCGCCCGUAUACGGACGGCCUUAAUCUCGAGGCCGCCGGUGUCGAGCUCGACAACAAGGGCCGUAUCGUCAUCGACGACCAGUUCAACACCUCCGUUAAGGGCAUCAAGUGCAUUGGUGACGUCACCUUCGGGCCCAUGCUGGCUCACAAGGCCGAGGAGGAGGGCAUUGCGGCCGUCGAGUACAUCGCGAAGGGCCACGGGCAUGUCAACUACCACGCGAUCCCUUCGGUCGUAUACACACAUCCUGAGGUCGCGUGGGUCGGGAAGACGGAGCAGGAGCUCAAGGCGGCGGGCGUGAAGUACAAGGUCGGCAAGUUCCCCUUCGCGGCCAACUCCCGCGCGAAGACGAACCUCGAUACCGAGGGCACCGUCAAGUUCCUUACGGAGGCUGAGACGGACCGCGUGCUCGGUGUGCACAUCAUUGGCCCUAACGCCGGUGAGAUGAUCGCGGAGGGCGUACUUGCAGUCGAGUAUGGUGCGAGCGCGGAGGAUAUCGCGAGGACAACUCAUGCUCACCCCACCCUCUCGGAGGCGUUCAAGGAGGCGGCGAUGGCUGCCUAUGACAAGCCCAUCCACUUCUAGACCCCCAUUGCACGUUCCCCAUUGUUGUUUUUAGUUUAGGAGUUGCGAAAGCUGCUAUACAUAUUCUAAUUGCA